UAAUGAAAACGGAAACCGGUGUCUGAGCAACGCAGAGCAGAACAAGAGCGCUACUUAUGACUUCUCGGCUUCCUUUCUGCUCUCCGUCCAGCGCCACCUCUUCCGGCGGCGGUAGUAGGAACCUCUUCUCCUUUUCUGUCAAUGCCCCCUCGACCGUUUGUGUGGCCUGCGGAAUCGGACUGCGUAGAGCUCGUAAUAACUUGCGCACCUGUGCGAAGUUUGAGAAAUUCCAAGGUGAUGAGAGCCCAGGCAAUCCAGAUAGCAGUGCACCUCUUCUAUUAGAGGACCAAAAACCAGCUCAAGAAGAAGAAGAUGACAGUUGCUUACCAUCUGACUUGGAUGGUGCAGUCCGACAAUCUAGUCAAGCAAGUGCCCUGUUCUUAUCUUCUGGAGGAAUGAGAGCCAUUGUUGAGCUUUUGAUCCCCCAAUUGCAGUUUCUUGAUGAUGAAGGAGCCCAAGGUGAGCUCUGGGAAUUAUCAAGGAUUUUCUUGGAUACACUUAUAGAAGAAACAGAAUGUCAGAGAGUAAAAGCUAUAUUCCCGGAUGCUGGAGCAGCUGCCCUCCUGAAAUAUCGAUGGAAAGAUGCAGCCUUUGGAUUCUCAAGCUUGAGUGACCGAAAGCCUGUGGAAGAUGGAGACGAACUCGUGGUUAUGGUGGUUCCUGAUUAUCAGAUGCUGGAAUAUGUAGAAAGAAUUGCAUCCAAUCUCUCAGAUGAUCCUCCAAGGCCUCUCAUCAUGUGGAACCCACGUCUGAUCAGUGAAGAUGUAGGAGUUGGUUUUAAUGUUCGGAAACUGCGUCGGUAUUUUUUAAGCACUUUUACUGUGGUAUACUCGAUGAGACCUUUGCCCGCGGGUGCAGUGUUUAGAUGUUAUCCAGGAUUGUGGAAGGUGUUCUCUGAUGAUAAGGUGAGACCAAAUCGAUAUUUGCUGGCCAAAGAACAAAUCAGCCGCCCUGAUGCAGAAGAAAUUGAGAUUAUAUUUGGUGACGUGGAUGAGUCAGAGAAGGGCCCUUCGAUGUUGGUUAGAGCCAUGAAUUUGUUUUCUUCACUAAAUCGUUUCAUGAAGGUCAUCUCAAAGUGAUUAACACACAACCCUCCUCCAGGAUAUGGUUUCUGUGUGUAUCUUCUUUAUGUAACAAGUUGCCACCAUGCAUUUGUCAAUGUAUAGAGCAAAAAAAUUCAGUCUCAUAAUGAAUGAAUGCAUCUCUUUCUUGGGUGGAUUUUGUUUGAAUUGAGGACAGAAAAAUGUCUCUAAAACAGUGUGAGAACAAGUGAUAUCAUUUGCACACAAUAUCUUGGCAAUCAAUUUCAUGGAGGAUUGAUAUUGGA